UUUCUGAAAACCCAAAUGUUCUGAUCCUUAAUGCUGAAAAUAUCGAUAGAGAGAGAGAGAGAGAGAUAGGGAGAGAGAUAGGGAGAGAGAGGGAGGGGCAUCUGAUUUAAAUUUGGGACUUGUUACAUCGACGAGGUCACACGAUGAUGUCCUUAAAGCUACCAUAUGAUUUGGAAGAGGAAAUUCUAUCAAGAGUUCCAUGGAAAUUUCUUGCAAAGUUGAGAUGUGUAUGUAAGCUUUGGAAUAGUCUUAUUUUGGAAGAGAGACUCAACAAGAAGAACUUGUCGUUUCACAUGCACAGCUAUAGCGGUGAGCAUCGGUUUAUACUCAAAGACAGUGGUCCUACGAUUUCUGCCGUGGGCAUUGAGGAGCAGAAAAACGUGGUCGAUCCUCCGUCCUUGAUCGUCCAAGACUUUACCCUUAUAAAAGCUCAACCAUGUAAUCCAAUUAGGGUGUACAAGACUGUUCAUUGCGACGGUUUGUUGUUGUGUGUCAUGGACAACCAGCUUUUGGUUAGGAACCCGUUACUGAAGGAAACAACCUGGAUCAAAUGCGGUAGUGAUUUUCACGAACUAGAUGAUGCUUACAGCCUUGGAUACCUCAGCCACUGUGAUUACAGGAUCUUAAGGUUUCGUUGUGCUAGUAAUUCCAGAAAUAGACCUUCAAGGGUCGAGGUCUGUGAAGUUGCAUCCAAGACAUGGAAGGUUAUAGAUAACAUCAGUUUUGAUUGGUUCCUUAGUGUGCCGUUGUCGAUCCUCUCUCUGAGAGGAACUCCUUAUUGUAUAAGUCUUCGAGAAGAUCAUAGAGCUUUUGUACAAAGCUAUGAUUUUUACAAAGAAAGGUUUCAGCCCAUAGAUGACUUGCCAUUCAGCUAUGAUGAGAUGAAUCCUAUUGCACUAGAGAUUUAUAAAGGAGAUAGGCUUUCGGUGUUGGAGCAAUGUCACAAAAUAAGGAAGAUAUGCAUAUGGGUGAAGCAUUGGCUCAUGCUUACUUCUUGGACCAAAUUGGUGGUCGUGGACAUACCAGAGUUUCCGCUUAUAUAUCCACGUCUUACCCUCCUUUCUACAAAUUAUUAUUUCGUCAAAAACAAUAGGCUUGUUAUAACUUGUAAUGAUACUGACAUGAAGGGUCUAUCUAUUAUCAGAGUCAUCAACGACAAGGAAUUCCAAGUAAUUAAAGCUAAUGAAGGGGAAUGUCGUUUCUCUUUUUUAUGCAGCUACGUUCCUAGCUUAGCUAGGGUUCCAGGGUUUUCGAAGCAAGACACAAGUCGGAUUCGCUGGAGAAAACGUAGAUUCAACUAGUUUGGGUAUACAUAUAUUUGUUGUUUCGUGUGAUGACUCUUUUUGCUUGGGAUAUUGAACUAUGCACCUAUCCUUUCUUGUCAUUUGAAAGUGUCAAAAACAAACCAAAAAGUGUCAAUUUAUUGUUACGUGGAAUAUGUGAUUUUGUUAACUUUA